AUGGCUGAAGCUUUCACAAGUUUCACCUUCACCAACCUUCAUAUCCCUUCUUCCAACAAUUAUUCGCCUAAGCAAGGGCCAAAUCAUGGAUAUUGGUUAUCUAUGAAAGGGAAUGAGAAGAAGAAGAAGAAUCUGAUGAAAGGAAAAUUAUGUGUAACCAAGGCAUUGCCACAUGAUUUGCCAUUAAUGGCAGUGAUGGUUCAACAAAUAGAAGGGAUGCGUGAUAUCAUUACAGAGAAACACGUGUGGCAUCUAAGUGAUAAAGCCAUCAAGAAUGUUUAUAUGUUCUACAUCAUGUUCACUUGUUGGGGAUGUUUGUACUUCGGUUCGGCAAAAGAUCCAUUCUAUGACUCGGAGGAGUACCGUGGAGAUGGAGGUGAUGGAACUGGAUAUUGGCUCUAUGAAACUCAAGAAGACAUAGAAGAGAAAGCAAGAGCAGAGCUAUGGCGUGAAGAACUUAUUGAAGAAAUUGAACAGAAGGUUGGUGGUUUAAGGGAGCUCGAAGAAGCUGUUAAUAAGUAG